CAAGCCGCUUAUAAACCGAGCGCAUCUGGACGUACGGCAUUGUUCUUGUGUGUGUGUUUGUGUGUGUUACCGGCUGUGAACCGGAGUGUCGGAGGCGUCAAUGGCACGACCAAGCAUGGGCGCCGUCGCCCUCGUGCUGCUUCUGGCCUGGUGCUGCGCGGCGACCACCGUGCGAGCGAGGGAGUGGAUCGUCGGCGGCGACAAGGGGUGGACCUUCGGCGUCGCCGGCUGGGAGAACGACAAGCCGAUCCAGCCCGGCGACACGCUCGUGUUCAAGUACAAGCCUGGAGCGCACAACGUGGUGAAGGUGGAGGUGGACGGGUACAUGGACUGCAAGGCCCCCGACGGCGCCACGGUUCACUCCUCCGGCAACGACACCUUCGAGAUGCCCGGCGGCAAGGCCUACUUCAUCUGCACCUUCCCCGGCCACUGCGAGAAGGGCAUGAGGAUCGGCAUCCCGCCUAGAUAGAUAGGGGCGUUGACUGGCUGAUAAAUAGCGCGACGUGCUCUCUCGAUGGCUAGUUGAACGAUAAAUAAACCGAGGGUGCUAGGGUGAUGGAAUGUUUGUCUGCACGUCCAGGAUGUUUCUACCGUUAGAGGUGAGCGAUUAAAAAGGGAAUGAGGCUAGAUUUUGCGCCAUCCCAUGGCGGUAGAUUUUGGUCUCCCGCCAUCUCUGCCGAUUCCACCCUGCACCGCCGCACCCCCCUCCUUUGCGCUAAACUUGGUCUGGUUCACUGGAAAAGAUCUAUUUCAGCGUUUCUAACGAGCCAGGCUCUUUAAGGUUCGGACUCAGAUGGGGGGCACAGAACAUGCAUCAGGAUCACCAGGACCCCAGGUUGAAGGCACCUCAUCGUCAUCAUCGCUCCUUUCUCACCAGAGCCAAAUAAACUUAUCGUCAUCGCCAGGCAGACAUGACGUCUCUUUCAAAUUUAUUUAUUUAAACAAAUCACUAACGAAAAUUACAACUGAGUGAAGAAGUCGUCGUGUCAAGGCCCCAAAGAGCAACCAUCACCGACUAUGAGAAACAUGGAUCGGAAGAGUCAUACCUGUAAGCACACAAACACGAACAAUGGCUGACCGAAUCCAACGCGUGCCAAAGCAAAGCAGAUUCAUCGAAGACCAGUGCCGACCGAAUCCAAAGAGAUCCGCCGGAGACAAACAUCCACGCACACCCUCCACCAAUGCUAAAAGCA